AAUUCAAUUUUUAUUCUGAUGUGAAGAUGAAAUAUUUCGUUGACGCAGUUACAACAUGUGUUUAUAAAAGAACGUAUAUAGGCAGUUUUAAAGUAGCACUGUAACAGAACACAUUAGAUUUGUAGUUUUCUAUAUAAUAUCAAAUUAUUGGGAUAACAUGUUUCAUGUACGAAAUAGUUGUAGCUACUACGUAAAAUUGGAUCUGGGGAUUUUGAUUAUAUGUUGCUGGACGUUAAUGCUAAAUAUAAAUGGCCACACAAUUGAUGAAAGAAGCUUUCAAUACUUGAAUAGUAUUCCCUCUGAAGAUUGGAAGCGUGACUUAGACUUCGGAAUCGAAUCAGUAAACAGACAGAAAAGGCUAGAAGAAAAUCUGGUGAAAUCCGGAGUAAUUGUCGAAGAUGGUGGUAUUUCACAUCAUAACCUUUUGGAUGCUUUGCCAAACGAAGAAGCCAAAAUGGACAAUGAUGUUGCUAGAAAGCUUUUGGCUACUAGUCUUUAUGUCUUCAAUAGUAAAUGUCUACCCCAUGGAAUCGAUGGCCAGAGUUGCGAAACAUUUUUAUCAAAUAAGACACUUCCAAAAGGCAGUGACUUACUACAAGAAUGUUUAAGAAUAAUUGAAAAUCGGCGCAAUGGCCACAACGCAUUUCGAAGAUUAUUGGAUCGCCAUUAUCAGGAUGGCAUCUAUCAGAUGUUGCCUCUUGUUUCACCUCUCUGGGUAAGUAAAUCCCUGCACAACUUGAGUGUGAAAAAAGAUCUCGAGGACAAGCAAAGAAACCUGGCUGUGGUACAGUGGACUCAAUUCAUUGAACAUGAUCUCAGUCAACCUGUAGUUACAACAAUGAGAGACGGUAGUCAUAUUGAAUGCUGCGAUAGUAACAGCUUUGAGCUCUUACCAAGAUAUCGACAUCCCUUUUGUGCUCCUUUGACAAUAAAAAGCGAUGAAUCGCAGUAUGCUAAAGUUAACUGCUUAAAUUAUGUUCGUAGUGCUGUUGCUGCCAGCACAAAAUGCACAUUCGGCGCUGUAGAGCAAUUAAACCAAGCAACAUCCCUUUUGGACUUAUCACAACUCUACGGUUUCACAGAUGAGGCGCAAAAGCGCAUGCGCACGUGGAAUAACGGUCAAAUUAAAUCCACCGCAAGUGUAACGCCUUCAGAAAUGUAUACAGACGGACUAGCUGUGAUAACUGGCGAUUGGAGUAAUUAUUGUGCGUUCAAAAAUCCCUCCAGGGUAACUAGCCAAUGUUUCAUGGCUGGUGAUUCUCGCGUAAACAAAAGCCCACUAACGAUAUCUAUUUAUACACUAUUUAUGAGAAAUCAUAACCAGAUUGCCAAAAAACUAACUAUUAAAUAUCCAUCAUGGCAGGACGAAAAUCUUUUCAGAACGGCAAAAGCAAUUAACAUACAAAUCUAUAGGAAUAUUGUUUUUGACGAGUGGGUGCCCAAUGUGUUGGGUGAGGAUGUUGCUGGUAAAAUAAAAGAAGUUUCGCCUAACAAGGAAUCUGUGACCGUUGACAGAAUUUCAAAUGAAUUUGGGAUUGCAGCCAUGCGGUUUUACAUGUCCAUGAUGCCCAAUUACCUGCAGAAUUUUACUGAAGUAAAACGUGUGGAGUACACUACAUCAGGUUCGCCUCCUCAAGAAAGUAGCAGUGUCAUCCGCAACGAAAAUGUAGUUUCACUCCUUGAUCAAACAUAUAAGCCUGAUUUGGAAUACACUCAUGAACAAAUUGAUACCAUACUCGAUUCGAUUUUGAAUCAGCAUGCCAUGAAAUUAGAUACAAUAUAUGAGGAAAGUCUUAUUUGGAAUAAAUUUGGUGUGAAUAGACCCACACAUGGUGAUCUACUAGCUUUCGAUAUUCAACGAGGUCGAGAUCAUGGUUUAAGAGGUUAUAUUGACUAUUUGAAGCUGUCCAUUGGGAAAAACAUCGGUAGCUGGAAAGAUCUCGAGAGGUUUAUUGAAAUUGACGACCUAAAUGUUUUAAAAGGUACAUACAGUAAUGUUGAAAACAUUGACCUUCUCGUUGGUGGUAUGGCGGAAAAAAAUUCACUCGGAGCAAUAGUUGGACCAACAUUUAAAUAUAUUUUGGGCAUAAGUCAUUGAUAUCCUGAAAUAUAACUCCCGGAUUAGUACAUGCAAUACCCUGAAAAAAUGUCUAGAAAACUGUAGACACGUACAUAUGUAUACGAUAUUAAAUUAUUCGGAGGAGCAAAUUUAUAUUCGUCGUUGUUCAUCCUUUUUAUAAGUUAUAUUUUUAAAAGUGACAGUUAAUUCCUUUCAUUUAUAUAAAAAUAUGAUGGGAAUAUUGUCUAUAUUAUAUAAAAUUGGUGCACUAUAGGCGUAUUAAUUUAAUUUAAUUAUACUUCAGCCACAGAAAGGCGUGGCCGGGGUCUUCUAGUAUGUAUAUGAAAAUUAAACGCUUUUUCGGUAUGUAACCAUAGAAGGUCCGAACCACAGCACGGAAACACAUGAAAAUUUGCACAGGUAUUCGUUUAUUCCUGCUGAAGGUCCUAAAGUAGGCCUUUGUUGCAAAAUCACGUUUGAAGAAGAAGAAAGUCGUGUUAGUUACAUUAUUUACAACUCAAGAACAGCUGAAUUCAUAAACGAGAAAAUCAUAUUUCAAAUCAUAAGCAUGUGUUCAAAAUUCAUGUAAGAAUCAUUUAAAUAUUUUAUUACUACAAAAAAAUAAAAUAGCAACAAAUAGCUACUGCAAUUUUUGAACAUUUAAACAGCACUAUGCUAUCUAACCCGAUAUCUCUAUUGGUUCUCAUUUUCUAUACUGUAAAGUGACAGAAUCAGAAUUUUAAAACUGUUAUAUAGGUAUGUAUAUAUAACUCCAUAUCUAUCUCGACUAACUUUAUGUGAUGCAAACAACCGUUAGGUGACCAAAACUAUUAUAUUGUACUAUGUAGCAACAUGUUGAGAGUAUAAAAAGGGGCAUAUCGGGCACGCCAAGUACAGCUAGUAUUACUAUAUAUAACACCUUAUAAAAUCCUAACAAAUUUCGUAAGCAAAUAACAUGAAAAUUAGUAGAAAAUUGCCGCUCAAAAAACUGUAUCGACGGCAGAUACAUAUGUUACUAGAAGGUCUAUUUUUUCACGAUUCAUAUUUCUAUGAGAAUAAAGUCUAAUAAAAGAAUGGAAUUACGAAAAGUCUAGUGCUCUGAUACACAGUAAUAACAAUUUGAAAGUACAAAAUAAUCGUAUAUUUCAGGCAAUUUGCCACACGCAUCCAAAAGUUUUAUAACAUAUAAUGUGUAAUGUUUUCGAUGACAAUAUGUAUUUUUUCCUUAUGUAACUAUUUAAGUUGUAAGUAAUUCAACCAAGCAUGAAAAAUUCGUUAGCAGAGUAGAGGUUGGCAAUAAUCUAUUCUACCAUAUGUCCGCAUGCGGCGACAAUUAAAUCAAUUAAAAACAAGAAAAAACGUUAAUUUUGGUUGCAUCGAAGCUAUAAUACUAUUCACAAAUACAAAAGAUUCCUCAGAAGAACUUGAUUCCGAUCGUUCAGCUAGUAUGACAAUUGUUAUAGCGAGUCGAUCCGAAAAAUUUCUUCGGAGAUUCCAUUAUUGCCCUAGAUAAUGAUCUGUUCCUAAUGUUGUGAAGAUAUCUCGUCAAACGAAAACGUUUACCAUACAAGAACUUGAUAUCGAUUGUUCAGUUUGUGGCCAUUCAGGCCAUUUUGACAAAUGAGCGGAGAAACGGUCAUGUGCUAAAUUUAAGAUCGAUAUCACAAAAACUGAGCAACUAGAUCGCAUAUAAUACAUACAAACAGACGGACAGACAGACGGAAAUAACUAAAUCGACUCAGCUUAUCAUGCUGAUCAUUUAUAUAUAUAUUUUAUAGGGUCUCCGACGUUUCCUUCUGGGUGUUACAAACUUCGUAGCAAACCUUCGCAAAAGUAAUGCCUAUAUUUAAUAAUGUUAUGUAGAUGGGAGAAAAAAGUAUAAAUGACUGUAGUAUAUUCCAUAUUAAUGUUCUUACUAAGUAUAUUUGUUUAGAAAAUAAAUAACAACGACAUGCAUAAUUUAACCACAUAUAUACACGUUAUUCCUUUCUUGCAUCUGACCGAGGUGAACUUUGCCUGUAUCGAUGGUAUAUGCUAUACUUUUGUAAACGGCUAUCUUUUCGACCUCUCUCGCUUCUUCGCUGCAAGGAGUUUAAAACUCUCCCCCAAUAAAUCCACUACUACUAUAUUCACGAUCUAGACGAAGGAGUACAGACUGGAUCUUAACUUUACAGUCCAUGGCAUUAAAAUUCCGAUGGUCAAUAAUCCUAAAAUUUUAGGUGUUACAUUUGAUAGCCUGUGCUUCACUCCUCACACGACCGUGAUAACUGUAAAAGUACAGAGAUUCAACAAAAUCCUCAAGUCACUUGCCAGUAGCUCAUGGGGAAAAGAUAAAGAAACGUUGUUGGCAACGUCGCACCUGGAUGUAGUGCAACGCUGACGAAGAAGCUUCAGAUCUCUCAGAACACUGCACUCCGGAUCAUCACGGGAUGGCUCUUGAUGUCUCCAGUCGGACACCUACACAGGGAGCUCCGUGUGCUUCCGGUUAAGGAACAUAACGAGCUCCUCUUCAAGCAGUUUAUGCUAGGAUGUUUUCGCAGAAACCACCCCUGCAGUUGUUUGCUUGAAGCGGAACCGCCUGCGAAGAAGAUCACGAGGUCCUUCCUUGACCACGUCGACGAUAUUGAACAGUACACGGACCAGACUUCGGACGCAACUAACUUCAGACAUGCACUGACCGCCAUUUACAGUCAAGCCAUUAACACCUUCACCGACUUCUUCUCAGUAAAUGGCAUACUUGGAGUCAAACCCUUGCGCAACUUCGUUAUGGAUAAUGUAGCAGGUUAAAC